UAGCUUUGGUCUUGGAUGUUAUUUAUGUUGAGGGCUAAAUAGUUUUGAUUUUGUCUUGUGGACCCAGAUGGCUCUGAGGAGGUGCUGCAGACUGACCGAAUCGGUUCCUCGGCUCUUAUGGACCGGUACCACCGGUACCGUCCGUCCUACAGCGGAACUUCAAAGCUUUGUGUCCACUCUGUGGGCUGUGUGGCGCACUUUUAGUUCGGCUCCAUCCAGCACAGAUGUGAGUUACGAGCAGAUGAAGGAGCUGCUGGCGGCUCAGAAAGCCGUGAUUAUCGACGUCAGAGAACCGUGGGAGCUCCGGGAGCACGGCGUCAUCUCCGGAUCCAUCAACGUUCCCUUGGGACAGUUGAAUGUUGCUCUCCAGUUGGGUCCGGAAGCAUUCAAAGAGAAUUAUGGCGGCGAGAUGCCCCAGAAGACGGAUCACGUUGUGUUCACCUGUCUGAAAGGGAUCAGGAGCAAGACGGCCCUGGACACCGCCGCCUCACUGGGAUUCAAAGUUGUUCAGCAUUAUCCUGGUGGCUGGCAGGACUGGGCGGAAAACCAGCAAAAGUAAACGGCAAGAAGGAAAUGUGAACUCACACGUCAGCUGCUGCAUGUCAUGAUGUGAAACAAAGGGUUUGG